AUGCAGAACAGCAUUCUAUCAAUACCCUUUCGAAAGGGUGCGCAGUUGUCGCUGUCAACUGCAGUGAGGCAGUACAUCUCCACCAAGUAUGAUCAGCAUCCGGAUAUGUUCCGACAGGACCUCGACGUCAUUGAGUCACUGCGUCGCGAUGCAGUCAACGUUCGAGAAGCACAUCCGAGUGGUGUCAAGAAGCUGCAAGCCUACGCUGCACAACUGGUCUGGAUGGGCGGCAAGUUCCCUGUAGAUAUUGGCGCCGACUUUACCUGGUACCCGUCCCUGGGCUACAAUACAGAACGGCCCAUUGUACACAACAAUCUCCAGUACGAGCUCGCCAAUGUUCUAUACAACCUCGCCGCAUUAUACUCGCAACUUGCCGUCACGAGUAAUCGAUCAGAUACCGAAGGCUUGAAGACAGCCGCAAGCUACUUCAACCAGUCGGCAGGCGUCUUAAAGCACUUGAAAGAUGGCAUUAUACCAGAGCUGCGGACUACUCCUCCCGAAGAUAUGGACGAACAUACUCUCGAGGCCCUGCUUCAGCUACAGUUGGCCCAGAGUCAGGAGUGUUAUUGGCAAAAAGCUGUUAUGGACGGCUAUAAGGAUGCGUCGAUAACCAAGCUUGCAGCUCGCGUUAGUGACCUGUACAAUUUAGCAGGAGAGGCCGCCAUGCGCUCCGAAGCAAUCAGCAGUAGCUGGAUACACCAUAUGAGUGCCAAGCACCACCACUUUGCCGCCGCUGCACAAUAUCGUGCGGCAUGUGAUUGCCUAGAGAAACGAAAAUACGGCGAGGAAGUGGCAAGGCUAAAAGAUGCUGUUGCUUGUGUGGACGAGGGCUUGAAGGAGAGCAGAGGCGGCUACCUUAACAAAGUUGUUGUAGAAGAUCUCCAAGGUUUAAAGAGACGUGUCGAAGAAGACCUGAGGAGGGCCGAGAAGGACAACGAUUUGAUUUACCUUAAUAUCGUCCCGCCCAAGUCAGAACUCAAAGUUCUUGACAGGGCAAAUAUGGCAAUAGCUCGGAUACCACCUCAGGUAUCUGCACCACUUGACCAUCUCAAUGAGAAAUCCGAGUUUGGCCCGCCAUUAUUCACCAAGCUGGUGCCCUACUCUGUUCAUAUCGCUGUAUCCAUUUACGAAGAGCGCAGGGACCGUCUCGUUAACCAGAACAUCAUCGCAGAGCUAGAGGUUUUGAAUGAAAGAGUCCACGAGAUACUAUCCUCUCUCAAUCUACCUGGCUCUAUCCAAGCAUUUGAGAAGCCUCUAGGUUUGCCCGGUACUCUCGUCCAGCACGCCGAGGAAAUCAGGCAAGCGGAUGCUAUAAGCCGCCUACAACGCAGUUUUGUGGAUAUUGACAAAUUGCGCUCGAGCGAUCUUGCUAUGUUUGAAGAGGGUAAGGAGCUGCUAGAGGCAGAAGAGGAGGAAGAUAUCCGUCUGCGGCGGCGUUACGGUACGGAGCGAUGGGCCCGCCCUGAAAGUCGUACUGAGACCACUCAAGGUGCAAAGUUGUGGAACCAAGUCAACGAAGCAGGCGGAUGGUUUAGUAAUAGUGCGAGUAGUGACGCUUUGGUGCGCGAGAAGUUUUACGCCGUGGAGCAACUACUUGUAGUUCUUGCUGGCCCUGAUCGGGGCAUUAUGGACUUUGUGCCUUCUUCAAGGCGUACUGAAAUACCCGAGACCUUGAGACCGGCCAUUGGUCGGCUCCGAAGUGCUUACAAUGACGUAACACGUCUUGAGAGUCGUCGGCGUCGCAAGGCAGAGGCACUCCGUGAGAAAGCAAAGAGCGAUGACAUCAAGUCCGAUAUUCUUGGAGAGGCCGCCCGGUUGGAACGCAACCAGACUGUAGCUACCGCAAUCGUCCCAGCACACUUCGAGGAGUUCUUUGAGAAGAGACUAGAUACUCUAUACGAGCCCGAUCUAGAGCAGCUGCAAAAGGAAGCAGCUGAGCAAGAGAAACUGGUCUCUGAUCUGAUUCGUGUCAAUCGCGAGUUUGAGGGCCAGAAGAAGGUUGUUGGCGAUAAAGGCAACCGUGAGCGUGAGCAGGCCCUGCAGAAGCUUGAGAACGCGUAUUACAAGUACAAGGAACUUGUCAGUAAUGUUGAGGUUGGACGGAAGUUCUACAACGAUCUGAGUCGUAUUGUUGGUGGUUUCAGAGACGGAGCCAGGAGCUGGGUCACCGAGAGAAGGCGAGAAGCACGUAUGUUGGAGGAUGAGUUAGCGAUGCCGCCAUUACACAACCUCAAUAUCAACCAAGGUGCACAACAAAACUUCACUCCGACGCAGAAUCACACUCCUCAACAUCAACAACCACAAACUUAUUACAGUCCACCUCAGCAGCCUCAACAGCCAGUCAGACAACCCGUCCACAGUCCAGCGGAAGCUCGCAUCCAGAGCUGGGCGCCUCCAACUGAGACGGUCGCUCCUCAACCACAGCAGCCCAGGGCAAAUCCAAUGCAAGCGAUGUGGAAUCCCGAAUUGGGCAUCAAGUUCGCAGGGUCUCCUGCGCCAAAUGUCGGAACUGGAAACAAGCCCCCGCCAUCGGGGCCAUGGGAUCCAAACAACGGAAUUCGCUUUGGUUAG